GGAGCAGCCGGCUUCCGCCGGCAUUCGUCCUCCGCUCCGUCCCUACUCUGCCUCGGGCACCAUGGCGGGGUCUGCACUGAAGGUCGCCGGCCGACGGCUCAGUCAACACACAGGGUCUGGAGCCCCCGUUCUCCUACGGCAGAUGUUUGAGUCCAAGAGCUGCACGUAUACUUAUCUUCUGGGGGACCGAGAGUCCCGAGAGGCGGUUCUGAUCGACCCGGUUCUGGAGACAGCGCAACGAGAUGCCCAGUUGGUCAAGGAGCUGGGGCUGCGGCUGCUGUAUGCGGUGAAUACCCACUGCCAUGCGGACCACAUUACCGGCUCCGGGCUGCUCCGGUCCCUACUUCCCGGCUGCCAGUCUGUCAUCUCCCGCCUUAGCGGGGCCCAGGCUGACUGGCACAUUGAGGAUGGAGACUCCAUCCGGUUCGGGCGCUUCGCCUUGGAGACUCGGGCCAGCCCUGGCCACACCCCUGGCUGUGUCACCUUCGUCUUGAAUGACCACAGCAUGGCCUUCACUGGAGACGCCCUGCUUAUCCGAGGGUGUGGGCGGACAGACUUCCAGCAAGGCUGUGCUAAGACCUUGUACCACUCAGUUCAUGAAAAGAUCUUCACUCUUCCAGGAAACUGUCUGAUCUACCCUGCUCAUGAUUACCACGGGCUUACAGUGUCCACUGUGGAGGAGGAACGGACUCUGAACCCUCGGCUCACCCUCAGCUGUGAGGAGUUUGUCAAGGUCAUGAACAAACUGAACCUGCCUAAACCUCAGCAGAUAGACUUUGCUGUUCCAGCUAACAUGCGCUGUGGGAUCCAGACACCCCCUUCCUGACCGACCCUGCCUCUCAGGCCACAGCUCAUAUCCGUUAAGAAUGCACUAGGUGGGGUGAGGGGAGCCGUGCCAUCACUGGGCCUCUCUCCUCUUCCCCUCCCUUACUAGCCCCCUCAAGCUUCUUAAAUAAAAAUCUUUUUUCUCUGAA